AUGCCCCACUUCACCACAGCGCCUGAACCCUUGACGCCACCGGCAGUUGAUCAGAAGCAGCAACCAGAUAUGGUCAACAACAACGAAAAGAAUGUCUAUACCGGACUGGACUCGCUCAAGAAAUACUUCGACCCCGAUUGUGCUCCGCCUCUGCCACUGAUUGAGCUUCCGCUACAUUUGAACCCCUACUAUGAAGAUGGCGUUCGGAUAUACGCUAAAAUGAUGUCCUGUCAUCCGACGAACAAUGUCAAGUGCAUGCCCGCGAUGAAUUUGCUAGCCAAAGAGGUCAAGCCCGACACAACCGAGACCAUCGUUGAGUACAGCUCAGGGUCAACGGUGAUAUCAAUGUCCCUGGCGGCCAGAGUAUACCAUAAUAUCGACGACACAAGAGCAUACCUCAGCAACAAAACCAGUCAAGCCAAGCUACGGCUGAUGCAAUUCUUUGGACUCAGAUUGACACUCUUCGGCGGUCCUUCACAACCAGAGCCGCUCGACGCUCGAGGCGGCAUCCAGAGUGCCAGAUCUCAAGCUGAGCAGUCAGAAGCCAUCAUCAACCCUAACCAAUAUGAGAAUGAUGCAAAUUGGCAGUCGCACAUCAAAUGGACAGGACCUCAGAUACUGAAGCAGCUACCUGAGAUCAAUGUCAUAUGUGCCGGAAUGGGAACGUCAGGAACGAUGACUGGGCUGGGAUUAUACUUCAAAGAGGCCAAGCCUUCUGUGUUUCGUCUUGGUGUCUGCACAGCACCCGGCGACCGUGUACCAGGUCCCCGAUCAUACGCCCUACUUGCACCAGUCGAGUUCCCAUGGCGGGAGGCUGUCGACCACAUCGAGCAUGUAGGCUCACACGAUUCUUUCUCGCUAUCGCUGCAACUAUGCCGGAACGGACUGCUGUGUGGGCCAUCAUCUGGCUUCAACCUCAAAGGUUUGCUCAACCUCCUCGACCAGAGGAAGAAGAACAACACGCUAUCAGAACUGACGGGAACCGACGGUCUCGCUCACUGUGUUUUUCUCUGCUGCGAUCUGCCAUACCAAUACAUGCAAGAAUACUUCGACAAGCUCGGCCCAGAAGCCUUCCCGGCCAUCACCAACGAGCACCUGACUCAAGUCGAUCCAUACCGCUACGACGAGGCAUGGGAACUGACACCAACACAAGCCCUCGACCGCAUCGAGCCAGAGACUCUCGUCAUCGACUUCCGUCGCCAGGCUGAUUACAGAGAAUGGCACUUCCCCGGCGCCUUGAACAUUCCUCUAGCCAGCCUGACGGCCGACUCACCGAGUCCAUUCUUCACACCAGAACUAUUGAGUCAGCAAUGGCGUGAGCUGGAGAACCUGUUCGAGCAGUCAUUCCUGCAGUCACAGUUCGCUGGCCGGAAGCUGUUGGGCUUGUGCUACGAUGGCGACACAUCUCGCAUCGCCAACAGUGUGUUGAGGGCGAAGGGGUUCGAGAGUGAUAGCGCCAAGGGCGGUAGUCGUGCUCUCGUUGCUCUUCAGCCGGAUCUGCCAAAGCUUUAUGCAGUGCGCUCGAGUUCGCCGGGCUCGAAGGCGGACUCGGUGGUGGACGAGAAGGCUGAGUAA